CAGCCUGAUGCAAUUAGCAAUUCGUCUACGACAUCCUACCACAGCACUAGUACUCAUACUCUCAUAGUUCCGUCCACUUAUCUAUUUCUCAAGGACGUUUUAAUAUAAAACGGAGGUCGAUUCACUGAGCAACGGGACUAUGUCAGUGACGCCUGAGGUGGUUCCAUUCACCAACGGUCUUUCACCCCCGACUUUACUGCUGCUUUCUUUGGUGCUGGUCGUGGGUUUGCUGAUUGUUAUCACGUUCUCUCGAAGAAAAGCAAGGUUCAGAGGUAACGCACUUCUUCUGGUCGGUCCCCAAGACUCUGGCAAAACAGCAAUUAUUUCUACUCUUGCAUAUAAUCAAACACUACCGUCGCACACGUCACUCCAAGUCAAUACGUCUCUCGUACCUCUCUCACCAGCGCGGUUCUUGCCGGUUGUUGACAUCCCCGGGCAUCCUCGCAUUAGAGAUCAGUUCCAGGAGCACUUAGUGAAUGCAAGAGCAGUUGCUUUCGUAGUGGAUGCAAGCACUAUAUCGCGUAACGGUACUACAGUAGCAGAACAUCUCCACUACGUCCUUCAUGCCAUAACAUCACUCCCUCCUUCACACCUAGCACCAUCACUCCUCAUCCUCGCCCAUAAGUGCGACCUCAUGAAGACAGCUGCGUCUUCAGGCUCUUCCACCGAUGUUGCUAUUUCACGGGUUCGAACGAUUCUUGAGCGUGAGCUGGAGAAGCGACGAGAGGCUCAGUCCAGUGGUAUGGGGGUUGAAGGCUUGGGUGCGGAAGGCGAACGAUCGGAUAUGGGAGGUUUGGAUUGCAGUAGUCCUCGUGGAAUAUUCAAGUUUGCCGAUUGGGAAGGUGGAGAAGUUGACUUCGCAGGCACAUGGGCGAAUGUCGGAGAGCUGAAGGAUGAAGAAAAAGGAACAGACACUGACGGCCUGGCCUCGUUGCGUAGUUGGCUGGAACAGCUUUCACUAUGACCGUGAUUUUAUUCGCAUACAAGAAGACACUCGCUGGUGUAUGACAAAACCCUGGACCAAUCCUAAUGUAUCUAUGGGAAUGCGAUCGCUUCAACAAAGGACUAGUACUGAUCACCUGCAAAUUGACGGUACUUAUCUGCAUAGUACAUACUUAGUUCGAAAAUGUUAGUACUUACCAACCUACGGGCGGGCUGACUAA